GAGGAGACCUGCUUGGACAUACUGCUCAUUUUCACUGGGUCACUUAGUGUUUAUAACAUUGACCUCUUGGAAGGGUAAUGCAGUUGAUUGUUACUCACUGAAUCUCUAAUUUAUUUCAGUUUGACAGUUCUCCAGGCAUUAGAGGAUGGACUGAAGAGAGCAGAUACGGAUCCUUCAGUGAAAGCUAUUAUGAUUUGUGGAGAAAAUGGGAAAUUCAGUGCAGGAGCUGACAUUCGAGGAUUUUCUUCUCCGAAAAGACGUGGUAUUGCCUUGGGCCCCAUUGUCUCUCUCAUAGAAAAGAGUGAGAAACCUGUGGUGGCUGCCAUUGAAGGCGUUGCCUUGGGAGGAGGCCUGGAGGUGGCACUUGGCUGUCACUAUCGGAUUGCACAUGUGAAGGCACGGAUGGGUUUACCAGAGGUCACCAUUGGGCUACUUCCAGGUGCUGAAGGCACUCAACGACUACCCAGACUGGUUGGGCUACCAGCUGCUCUGGAUAUGAUCACUACAGGAAGACACAUUCCAGCAACUGAAGCACUGAAGCUGGGCUUGGUUGAUGAAGUUGUGGAAGAAAACACCGUUGAGGCAGCAGUUCGCCUGGCAAACAAAGUGAUUGGCCAGCCAUUGGGACCCCGCAGGCUCAGCCUGAAGCCAGUUCCAAAACUGCCCAACAUGGAAGCAUUCCUCAGCGAGGCUAUUGUAAAGGUGAAGAAACAGGCCCACGGGUGCCUGGCUCCAGAGCUGUGCUUCCAGGCAGUCAGAGCUGCCACAGAGCAGCCCUUUGCAGAUGGAGUCCGGAGGGAGCGAGAGCUGUUUAACAUCCUGCUGACUUCAGGCCAGGCCCAAGCACUGCAGUAUGCUUUCUUUGCGGAGAGAGCAGUGCAGAAGUGGACAACACCAAGUGGAGCUUCAUGGAAAACUGCUUCUCCUCAGCCCAUCCACAAAGCAGCUGUGAUAGGGCUGGGAACAAUGGGCCGAGGCAUUGUGACUUCUCUGGUUAAGGCCAACAUACCUGUGGUAGCCCUGGAGCAAGAUCUGGAGUAUCUGAACACGGGAAGAAAAGCUGUGAUGUUCCUUUUGGAACGUGAGGCUAUGAAAAUGGAGCAGGGUGCCCAAACCCUGGAUUUCCAUAACCCUACACGUCUCCAGUUCACUGUGGACUUUGAUGUGUUGAAUGAUGUAGAUCUAGUCAUUGAGGCUGUGUUUGAGAACAUGGCACUGAAGAAGGAAAUAUUCCACAAGCUAUCGAGAAUCUGCAAGCCAGGGGCCUUUCUGUGUACAAACACAUCAGCCCUGAACAUCAAUGAAAUAGCUUCUGCCACGAGCCGCCCACAGCAGGUCAUUGGCACACACUUCUUCUCCCCUGCUCAUGUGAUGAGGCUACUAGAAAUAAUCUAUGGCCAUCACACAUCCCCUACCACCAUUGCCACUGCUAUGCAGCUAGCCAAAGUCCUGAAAAAAGUUGGCGUGGUGGUAGGGAAUUGUUUUGGGUUUGUUGGGAAUCGAAUGAUGUUUCCAUAUGUGCAGCAGGCAGUUUUCCUUUUAGAGGAAGGAAGCAGACCAGAAGCAGUAGAUCAGGUUAUUGAAGAUUUUGGGUUUAAGAUAGGACCUUUCCGAAUGUCUGAUCUUGCUGGGCUGGAUGUAGGCUGGAGGUCUCGAAAGGGCCAGGGCCUCACUGGGCCCUCACUACCUCCAGGAACACCUGCCCGCCAGCGACAUGGCCAUCGCUACAGCCCCCUGCCUGAUCUUCUGUGUGAGAAUGGCAGGUUUGGCCAGAAAACGGGAAAAGGCUGGUAUCAGUACGAGAAGGCUGGGGGUAGGACAGCCAAGCCAGAUCCAUGGCUUCACAACUUUCUGUCCCAGUACAGAGACACCCAUCGCAUCAAGACCCACUUUAUAGACCAAGAGGAAAUCCUGGAGCGGUGUUUGUUUUCCCUCAUCAAUGAAGGGUUUGACAUCCUGGCUGAGGGAAUAGCAUCAGGCCCAGAGCACCUGGAUGUAAUUUAUAUCAAUGGCUAUGGGUGGCCAAAGCACAGGGGUGGCCCCAUGUUCUAUGCUUCCACCGUUGGGCUCCCUCGUGUUCUGGCUAAACUGCAGAAAUACUCGGAGGCCCACCCUGAUGUUCCUGGGCUAAAGCCCAGUGCCUUUCUGAAAAAGCUGGUAGCUAUGGGGAACCCCCCCCUCAAAGAGUGGAUGUCCUACCUCAGCCGGCCAAACAACAAGCUGUGAUUUUGUCAGUGCCUGUUAUAUAUGGUCAGUGGAAGCUGAUCUUAUGAAACAGGUGCUGUAAUUGCACCGUCUUCUCCAAUCAAAAGUGCUACAGGCUCGUAAACAAUGUCACUGACCUUCCUGGGCCUUUGCAGAAAAUAACUUUGUCCGAUGAUUAUCUCAAGCCCCGUCUUGCUGCAGAUAACCACUGCCAUCACCCACCCUUCCUUCUCAGCACCAGCCUCACCCACCUUCUCUGCACGCUGCUGUGUAAAGGCCCGUCUCAUUUUGCUCUGCUGUCAGGUCGUCACAGCUGUACAUCUCUUCCAGUCUGUCUUUGUUGAAGGGAGGGAGCAGCAUCCCCAGCCCACAAAGAGAAUCAUGGUGGGAGGUAAGAGAGAGAUGACCACAGUUCACCCAAGACUGGCUGGAUCUGCCAGCUCCUGCCUUAAAUCUGUUUCCCAGAUUGUUCUGGUCUCUCCUGUGCAGCCCAGCACCACUGGCUCUCCCAGAGACAGCCAGCUGGAGCCUGCUCCCUUCCUGCUGCUGGGGAAGAGAUGGCACAAGGGGUGCAGCCCCUGUCAGAGGUAAAGUCAAAUGAGUUAGAGAGAGCAGGUUUGGGCAGAGAGCAAGGGACAGGGCUGGUACCGUCCCUCCUCCCUGCUGCAAAGAUUCUAAUAAAUGACAGAAAAGCCACAGAUACCUUGACCUGACUAACUGCCCUAUGGUGUUGGCUCACAACUGACCUUCUGCAUCCAUACUCCAUCUUCCAUUAUCAUUAUCCCCACCUGGCUUUGUCCAGGCAGAAACAUCUUCUGGCAUCUCUUAAGUGUGGAUAUGUGUUGCCAUCACUCACUUUAUUUUGCCUGCCUAUAGGUACCAGGUCUUGGGGCUCAGCAUGCUCUAAUUGACCAGACUGAAACAUGGCCUGGCUCUUACCGGGUUUUCACAUGGCAGAGGGUACGCUGAGAAGCGCAUGGCUUAAGCUGUGCAGGCAGGAACGUGGCUGCAGGCAGGCAGGGAGCAGCAGAUCUCUAGCAAAGUAUGGGGACAGUGAGCCAGACUAGCUCCAGGCUUGAUGCUUUGUGAGCAAAGUCUCCCAUUUCUUCUGUCUAGUUAAUGUAUCUUCCAGUCUGGUGUGGUGAUAGGUUGGUUUGAGUUCCCUUCUCAGGGACACUGGGUGUCUUAACUUUUGCUUUUUAUUUUAAUAAAAGUGCUUUGAUUAUC